AUGUUCAGUGGCAUUGCGGGUGUAUUCGUAGUACGAAACAACAUGUGUGCGCCCAUGUGCAUACCUUUCGCGUUCGAAUAAUGCUCGUAGCGAUGAGAAAGACAUCGGUGUUAGGAAUGGCAGGGCUAGGAACACUGUGGGAUGUUUUCAGUACAUACUCGAUGGUGGGGAGACUGGAGAACAGACAAUACACAGAAUUGUGUUCAUUGCAACCUCGAUGUCGGUGCAGUGUGCGAGUGACCUCAAACACAAGACAUGUAUCAAGCGCAAACUCGUCAAAUAUGUACAAGUCGAAGACGCCUAACGCAGAGACUGCUCUUCAUAAAUCAAGUUCAGACUUCAAGUAACAGAAAAGGAAUGAUCAAACCAGACAUUCUGAUGUGUGCGAUAC